GGGACACCCAAUGGAAAAGCAAAAGGUAAAAUAAAAAGUUGGGUUGAAGAUGAUGUAAUUGCCUAGAAGAAAAGUGGGUUGAAGAGUGUGUGAUUGCCUAGAAGAAAUGUGGGGGUUUGCUGUUGCUUGAAGGAAGGAAGAAAGAACCCUGGUACACUACUUUCUGUAUUUGUCGCUUACUCUGAAAAUUCUUCCCCUUUUUCCAGCAUGGAUGUCAAGGUCUGCCUGUUUCUUGUACUACUCGGUGUUGUGUGUUGUAGAGCUAGAGAAUUAGCAUCCCCUGACCUCCUUAUAAUGAAAACCGAGGAUGUUUCAGCAUUGUGGAUAAGUAACUUACAGGCACAGAGACAACUUCAGCUUCUCAAAGAUGUCAGCCAUAGUAAAGCAUUAUUCACAAUGUGUGAAGAAUAUACCGCGACUGCACUUGGUUACCUUGCUAAUAACAAGACCCAGACAAAGAUGCUUGACCUCCUUCUCACGACCUGUUCAAAGAUGCCAGUAUACAAGCAUGAGUGCACUGCCAUGGUGGAUCAAUAUGUUCCUCUCUUCUUCUUAAAGAUCUCCACUAUAAAACCCGACGACAUUUGCCAAAAGGUUGACCUUUGCCAGAAAGUGGUUUCCAUCUCUCAACAGUUCUCCCAAAAUGGCUGCAACUUAUGCCAUCAAGUGGUUAGAGAGACACUAUCAAAAAUGAAAGAUCCUGACAGUCAGUUAGAUAUACUUCAGUUGCUCUUGAGGGCAUGUGGAUCUGUUGAAAAAUAUGCUAAUAAGUGCAAGAAAAUGGUCUUCGAAUAUGCACCAGUGAUCCUCAUUAACGCGGAGCAUUUUCUGGAGAAAAAUGAUGUAUGCACUAUUCUGUUUGAGUGUCCGCCUGAUGUUGGUAAAGAGAAAGCAUUACCAAAGACACAAACUUCAUUGCCCAAAUGCACAGGAAGCACAAUGCUCAAAGCAUACUGUUUGGGAAAAACAAUUUUGGUGUCACUGUGUACACGAACGUGGAUUACGCGUUUGUUGUUGCUCUGGUUGUGAUUCUGGAAGAGAUUAAUGUGGAUCGAUCAGGUGAAGAUUAAGAUUGUAAUCACGAGUGUUGCCAGUAUAUGAUGUAUAUUUUGUUUGAGCCGCGCGAUUUGGCUUUACUUGAGGGAGUGUUUGAUUGCAAGAUUUGCCUAUGUAGUAUAAGCUAUGUUGCUCAGACUUUUUAAAAAUGUCAACGGCUGCGUCAUAUGUGUCAGAUUCUCCAAAAAUAGUGUAUUUUUGGAAAGGUCGACACGGAUGCAGCAUCAAAAAGCGAAGAGCGAGCACAACACAACUUAGAGUAAAAGUGUGUAAUGUUGUAUUGUUUGGAAGCUUUCAGACAGAUAAUUACAAACUACUAUAUUGUACUUUUUUUGCAUUUCAUUAUGUAAUGAGUUAUUUUCUAGGU